CAACUAAACCUUGGCACGCAGACACGCAGACUUCACCUUUUUGGGCGCCCGCCAACUACGAACAACCACAUGCCGGUGCGUCGCCAACACCACUGCCACGACGACAUACAGUGACCACCCCUUCCGCCCUCCUCAAUACGCGUUGUCCUCCCCACCUCCUUUUUGGGAACUUUUCUUUCGUCUCGCGCGCGAUACCUCUCCCCGCCCUACUCGACCUCCUCGUACCAACCAGACAACGAUUUCCCAUUCUCCUUCUUGCGCCGCGCACCUCACCCAUGUCUACAGAAAUGGAGAUUGAUGCCGCGCCCCCGGCAGUAUCAGAUGACCCCAAGACCGUCGGCGGCACAUCGUCGCCGACGACCGAAGAGACCACGAAAGCCAACAGCAACGCGGGGUCCGAGGCGCGCACCGUCCAGAACGCCGUGGCGGUCCGCAGCAUCGAGGGUUGGAUCGUGAUCGCGACAAACAUCCACGAAGAAGCCACCGAGGAGGACAUUACCGACUUGUUCGCCGAGUACGGUGACAUCAAGAACCUACAUCUCAACUUGGAUCGAAGGACAGGAUACGUCAAGGGCUACGUACUCAUCGAGUAUCCCACACAAGUCGAAGCCGCGGCUGCCAUCAAGGCACUCAACGGGGCAAAACUUCUCGAUCAGACCAUCUCGGUCGACUACGCGUUCGUGAGACCACCGCCCAAAGACAACAAGGGCGGCCGAGGUGGCCCCGGAGGAGGAGGAGGAGGAGGCAAGGGGAACGAACGUCGCGGCGGCGGCGGUGGUGCUCGUGGUGGUGCGAGGAGCCGCAGCCGGAGCAAGUCGAGGAGUAGGAGCCGAAGCGUCGACAGGCACCGAAAAGGAGACGGAGACGGAGACAAGAUGGACAGAGAUUGAUGCGAAUGAACACAAUGAGACCGGGCGAGAGAAGCACACAGGACGCGACCGGAUUGAAGUCACUGGUCUUCGUUGCGCUACGAUCGAUGCUCAUCACGCUGGUCAAGCGUCGCAUCAAGCCGUUUUUUCGAGCGUGGCAAUCCACCGUGCCCGGCUGCAUGGAAAUCAACCAGAUAUUUUUUGCUGGCACGAGACCCACGACAAGAGACUCCUAGACUCACUCAAUUAUUUGCGCUUGGUUAGCCAGCCAGGGCCGUCACUCGGAUGCCACAAAAAAAGGGCUUUGUUGACGGCUACAUAGCGAGAGACAGAACCUGUCUUCGAACCAAAAAGUCUGCAUUCUCACAUUGUGAAUUCAGCUGCCAUGCGUGGUCUUAAUUGACCACUCCUUCGCUCCAUUGGAUUCGGACAAAGUUGCUUUUUGGGCGCUCGUGAAGCUGGUGGGUAUUUUUGAUCGACAUUUCUUUGUCAAGGCCCUAAAGCCUUCCAGCAGAAACAGGCCGCCCUAUGCUCACAGAUUUAUUUAUGAAAGGUCUCAGGCCGUGAAUCCCAUCAAGCAAAACACCAAGCUGGCCCUCAGGCUGGGUUCCGCCAUCUUCCUAAGAGAUGACAAGUGAGGCACAGAAUAUCUCAGCCUCGUGGCCAGCUCAUGCCUCGACCAAUAGGCCCACUCCCUCAAGAGAAAAGACUUUUAUUCAUUACGGAACACGACGCCCUCCGCCCGGGGGAAAAGACCCAGAAAUGAUUGUGGAGGGAAUGUCCGGCCCUGCUUUGAGAUAAUUCGAUGAUCAUGUUUUUGGUGGUAUCUUCAAGACCCAUUUGUACUUUUUGGCUCAAUCAGUCUUACGAUUUGAAGGUCCGUCACUUCAUGCAUGCCUUUGCCUGCAAAGUUACAGUUGUGUCUUCCGCACGUAGACGAGUGUGACACAUUUGGACAAUGGUGGCUCGCGAAACAGUCGUGACGUCGGCAGCCAGAACCAAUGCUGCAAGCAAGCCUGCGAGCCUUGAUUCUCAGUGCGAGAUAGACCCCUUCUGUGAUGGACGCAUGAUCGUACUUACAAUUUUCAUCGGCGCAGGCCGAACGCAGAUGAUGUUCGUUACACAAUUUUUUGUUCCGCGUUCGAAGGUCGCAUAGUUCUUGGUCCUCGGAGGAAGGCUUUGGCAGUUUCAUGUCGAUCCUCUGGUCGAAUCUGUUCAACGCAAUUGGUG